UGCGCUGUCUCUUUAAAAGGCUGUAUCCUCCUCGUCCCUAGCGCUUGAAGUGGGCUAUGGCCAUUGUUUCGCUCCUGGUCGGGCUCCCCUUUCCUCCCAGCCUGAUUAACUGACUCGCCACCGCACCGUUUUAAAACACACAGAGCCACACAGACCCCCGGACGGCAAGAUGGCUGAGAUGGGCAAGGGAGUCACCGCCGGGAAAAUAGCCAGCAAUAUGCAGAAGAAACUCACCCGGGCCCAAGAGAAGGUUCUCCAGAAACUUGGCAAAGCUGAUGAAACAAAAGAUGAGCAAUUUGAACAGUGUGUGCAAAAUUUCAACAAACAACUGUUCGAAGGAAGCAAGCUGCAGAAAGAUCUCCGGACAUACCUGGCAGCAGUAAAAGCAAUGCAUGAGGCCUCCAAGAAACUGACAGAAUGUUUGCAAGAAGUGUAUGAGCCAGACUGGCCAGGAAGAGAUGAUACUAACAAAAUAGCAGAGAACAGUGACUUGCUAUGGACAGAUUUCCAUCAGAAGCUGGUGGAUCAGGCACUGCUAACUAUGGACACCUACCUCGGCCAGUUUCCAGACAUAAAAUCUCGCAUAGCUAAACGGGGAAGGAAACUUGUAGAUUAUGACAGUGCCAGACAUCAUUAUGAGUCUCUACAGACUGCAAAGAAGAAGGAUGAAACUAAAAUUGCCAAGCCUGUCUCGUUGCUUGAGAAAGCUGCGCCUCAGUGGUGCCAAGGGAAACUACAGGCGCAUCUCGUAGCUCAGACUAAUCUGCUGCGGAACCAGGCUGAAGAAGAGUUAGUAAAAGCCCAGAAGGUGUUUGAGGAGAUGAACAUUGAUCUUCAGGAAGAAUUGCCUUCACUAUGGAAUAGUCGUGUUGGUUUCUAUGUCAACACAUUCCAGAGUAUUGCUGGACUAGAAGAGAACUUCCAUAAGGAAAUGAGCAAGUUGAACCAAAACAUGAAUGAUGUCCUUGUGAAUCUAGAUAAAGUACAUGCAACAAGCACCUACCCUGUUAAAGCUCAGCCAAGAAAGAAAACUAAACUGUUCUCCAGACUGAGGAAAAAGAUGAGCAGCGAUAGCACAAAAGCAAACAAAGCCCCCUCAUCUCCACCUGAUGGGGCCCCCAUCACUAGCCCAGAGACCAAGGCCGUCAACCAUGAGCCAGAGCCAUCCACUUUGGAAGCCCCUGGGGGAGGCAUCCCUAAGUCUCCAUCUCAGUUGAGGAAAGGCCCUCCUGUGCCACCACCUCCAAAACUCACUCCGUCCAAGGAGAUGAAGCAGGAGAACAUCAUCAACCUGUUUGAUGACAAUUUUGUCCCAGAGAUCAGUGUGACAACCCCCUCACAGUUUGAUGCUCCUGGGCCCUUCCAGGAGGGAGCAAGCCUGUUGGAUCUGGAUUUUGACCCUAUUAAGCCAGAUAACAGCCCCAUAGGGAAGUCUCCUACGCCUGCAGCUCAGUCUUUGCCUUGGGACUUAUGGGAGCCUGAAAAGACUCCCUCUAGCAGCGUGCAAUCUAUGGAUCAGGUUCCUGCCGAUAAUCCUAGCAAUAGUGCAUUCGUGGUGGACUGGCCUGACCAGACCACUGAGACUGAGAUCAGCCAAUCCACAGAAGCCGCUCCUGCUGGUGCUGAGGCAGCUGGCAAAGAAGCAGUAGCUGGAGCUGAAGCUGCUAAAACCGAAACUGACUCAGGAUCCGCCUCAAGCUCUCUGCCUGCUGUAGUUGUGGAGACUUUCCCAGCCGCGGUCAAUGGAACAGUUGAGAGUGGAGCCUCCUCUGAAAGGGCGGACAUGCCGCCAGGUUUUCUGUUUAAAGUCCAAGCCAUGCAUGACUAUGCUGCCACCGAUGCUGAUGAAUUACAACUGAAGGCUGGGGAUGUUGUCCUGGUGAUUCCAUUUGACAACCCCGAGGAGCAGGAUGAAGGAUGGUUGAUGGGUGUAAAAGAAUCUGACUGGCUUCAGCACAAAGAACUUGACCAAAGUCGAGGAGUUUUCCCAGAAAAUUUCACAGAGCGCGUGCAGUGAGGCCCCAUGGCUCCAAUGUGGCUUCUCUUCAGCAGGAAAAGGUGUUUUGUCCCCACAUCCCCUUGGGGAUAGCCUAAAAAUAAGAGAAUUUUAAAGGAACAAAAGCAUAAAAAGGUUGGAUUCUUCACAGAACAUAAUGUUUUAGAAGUACAGUACAUUGAAUUCAGAGUGUUGUUAUCAAAUAUAUAGGUCAUAAAGAAAGAUAGGUUGAAAACAAUCCCCUUUACUUUUUUGUUUGAACAGUGCUAAUGUUAAGAAGAUUAUCACCAAAAGGCAGAGUCAUUUUGUGAAAAUUGGCGUUAGGGUGUGUUUGGCAUAAUAAGCCGUGAAAUACUGUCCCGUUAUCCUGACACUACACAAUAAUGUUUACCUUUGUGGGAAGGUGAAGUCAACCUGUCUUGUGGCUGAAGUUGCUUAUGUGGCAUCCCCUGAAUUUCAGACCUUUCAGAUUACUCGAACCUGCUGCCAUAAGCCUGUUAUGCUGUUGAAAAGAAAUAUUUAGUGUACAAUGUUCACAAAUUAUGAUUAUGUAUAUGUGUGCGAGUGUGUUGUUCUUCCUUUGGAAACUCUAAUAAGACCUGUGGUUUUAUACAUUGAAAUGCAAACAAAAUAAACUCCUGAGUGCAUAUCAGAAAGAAAGAUGAGGAAGCUAUGCCUCAUCCAAAGCUGCUUCAAGGAUGUGAGUUAGCCUAUUACAUUGGUAUCUUUUUGUCCUUUUAAAAAUGCUAUACAAGUAUAAAAAUAGCUUUAUUUGGUUUUUUUAAAACAAAUAUUAACCUAUUGCUGAUUUAGUAAACCAAACUUAGAAUGAGCAGAAGCUGGCUUAAAAUCCAAGGGAGAAACGAAGAGAGAAAUGUAAAAGAAUAACAUGUCAAAAAGAACAUGUUGGCUGGAAUCCUGAUGGUGUUUGUAUAAGGUUUGCAUAACUUUCCAGCCAGCUGACAAUGUGCAAGAGCGCAUCUUGCUUACAUGAUGAACUAUGUGACCAGGCACUCAACUGAGAUGUCUCCUGGCACCUCAGCAACUAGCUGCAAUUGGCUGUUGCAAGUUACUCAGUCCUUACACAAAUACCAACAGGUUCAACCUGGCCAUGAUUGCAUUUUGUUUCCACUGAUGGGAACAAAAAAAAAUUGCUUUCAGUUUUCAGCCAGUUCUGCUGAAUCCCAUUGCUUUUGCCAAAAUCAGCACCCUUGUCUUUCUCCUGUAGUCCCAUAGGCACCCUAAAAUCCUUGAAGCUUCAUGGGUACCACAGAAGACUGCAGCAGGAGGGGAAGGAAGUUCUGACUCCAAUAGAAUUGGAUACCAAAGUAUAUUGCUGGAAUAUGGCCUUUAAUUUCUCAGUAUUUGUGGGGAAAUUGUGCAUGCAAGCACCUCAUUUAUUUGUUUUGUCCCAUCCACAGUUGGUGAAUGUCCAAAUCUUUUCAGCACUGAUUAAGCUGUAAGAAUGUCCUGUGCUUUGCAAAUUCAACCAGCUGUGCUGCCUGUCAGGAGCUGUUCCAUUGUGUUACUACCAAAUGUUUGUUCUGUACAGUACCACUACUGCAGGUGGCUCUGUAGUACAGAGGCCUCCUAGGAGGCUACCUUGGUACGCUGGUGGAGGUUGUUGCUUAUCCAGUAAUCCCUUCUCAUGCGCUGUACCCGUGCAACUCCCUGGGCCUGCUUGCAAGGUCAUUGCUUGUGGCAAGCAUGCUGGUGGAGCAAUUUGCACACACUAUCUUAAACAUGUAUUGGCUCAUGCAGUGGUUCAUAGAUAAUUCACAUCUUAUUUUUAAAAAAACAAGUUGGUUGAAAUUUUUCAGUUUUCAAGCAUUGUAAUCUAAACUGCCAUUUUGAAAAUGGCACCCCUGUGUUUACUACAAUGGUUUCAGACUUUAUUUUAGGAAAACUGAGGUCUGCUCGGAUUAGCAUAUGUUCUUCAGUGAGAAGGCCAGCAGUGGAGGGGCAGCUUUCUUACAAAUCAGCUCAGUGUUAAUUAUCUCCCCUACAAUGCGGAGCUGUCUGUUUUUUUAGGCAGCACUUUAUGCAGGGCAGCCAUGGCACCUAACAGGCCUGACCUGUUGAACUGAACAUGCCCCUUGGAAUUUCUCCUAGAAUCCUUUUGUCAUGCAGAGGAUACAUCACUAAUCAAGGUUGGGAAGACUUCCUCAUGGUAGAUAGGGUGAACACCAUGGGUCUAAUGUAUUUGCAUUUGCAUUGCUCCUCUUAUUUGUUUGUUUAUUCUGUGCAUUAUGAUGAGCAAGCAAAUUACUAGGCAGUUGGUAGAGUGAACAAUGAAUCUAUCAGUAGCAACAGGUUUGCUUUCUCCAAGCACCGCUGUACUGAACAGGACUUUAAACUUUCCGAUUUACGAACUGACUUCCUGAACGUAAGUUCGUAAAUCAAGGGUUGACUGUACUUGAAUGACUGAUGUAGCUAGGGAGCUCCUCAGAUCCUUUUAUGGCUGGGUUCGUUUGUUUCCAAAUUCUGUACUGAUUUGUUUUAAAUGCUUUUUCUGUUUUGGCGUGAAGGUAUUCCUUUAGGACAGGAUAUCUCCUCUUGCAUUGAAAUAACAUGUGAGAUUGUUAUAUUGAAUAAUCCCACAAAAUGUUUUUAGAAAGGCAUGGCAAGCCAUGUUGGACCCCAAAAAUAAAAUAAAAUCAAGUUAAACUUAAAAUAGCUUUUAGGAGCAUAAAGUAUGUGUGAGACUGCCAACAAUACAGGACUUUAGGUCCAAAGAGGAAGCUUUUGUUUUACUUGGUAACAAGUCAUUAGUCCAGCUAUGUGUUGCCAAUGUAAAUAACCAUCAAUAAUGUCAAUAAUGCCUACAUAAAGCCCAGGAAUUUGGAGAGUAUACUGUGAAUGCUGUAGAUUAGUUACAAUUGCUUAUCACUUACAACCACUUAAGUUCUCUUUUGGGGAAGGACUAGUCUUUAUGGUAGUGUUUUAAAGACUGCAUUUUACUCAUUGGGGCUUUAAAAAGAUCAGUAAAUUCUGGAUUUAAUGACAUAUCCUCCAGCCACACUUCCUAUUAUUCAGAUUCCUCUGUAUCCUGGAAUGCAGAUCUCCUGAAACUCACCCACUGCAAGUGUGGACACUAUGGCACGGUUGGUGUACAGAGUUGCUGCAACAUAUUUGUCUCAUUACAGCCUGUCCUUUUUAAAAAAAGUAUUUUUGUGCAUUUAUAAAAAUGAGGCUGUCCUUCUAAGAGAAAGAUUGUGAGGCAUCUGUAAAAGAAUAUUAACUAAAAAUGUCUUUAUCCAACGAGAAAGUAUAAGUGUAAUAUCUAUUUUUUUGCAAAAAGGAAAAAAAAUCUGACCCUGUGGAUUUUCUUUUUAAAAAGGAGGCUGGUAGUGGUGGUGAUAUUAUAAAUUUCCAGAAUUAAAGUGUGACACUUAUAUUGCUUCUCUAGUUGCUAGGGCAUAUAAUACCUGUUUUAUUUUUUAUUUUUUGCUGACUUCAUAUUCAUUGUUUCUUUUCUUGACAUUUGUGUCUGAUUAUUCACAGAAGUGUUACAAAAAUGUUUUUGUUGUGGAAAAGCAGCCAUUCAGUACUGUAUUGUGUCUUUACUGGUUAUGUAUUCUGAUGCUGUACAAAAUGGUAUAGCGCUUGGCCUUUAAAAUGAUGGUUGAUAAGCUUGUAGUUCUCAGGUUUCAUCAGUUUUCUUCAGUUGCUGCAGCAGGGAAACGGGUCUCUUUCACUUGAUCUCAAUUUGCUUCUGAAGAAAUCUGCUCAAUGAUGAAGGCAUAAUUCAGCUGAAAUUAACAGCAACUGCUUCAUGUGGACAAGUAAAAUUCCCAUUAGAAUAGAAUAUGCUUGUAUUUGGGAUUCAGUGAUUGACUGAUGAGAUGAAUCAAUUCAAAAUAUCUUUAGCUAACUAAGAUGGUUCCCAAUCAACCAACAGUUUUUUUUAAAAUAUAGAGCAUAUAACAUUUAAUAAAAGCUGCAGACAACAAUCA